AUGCCCUCCCCUACCACCUCUGGGCGAACUGUGAACUAUGUGCGUGACGCCCUGGCCACGCGGAACAGCGCCCGGUAUGGGUGCCUCGGUCCAGCUCUGCGGCUGUGCUUCUCGGCCUCGCCCCGGCCCUCGCGCCUUAUUAACGCGGGCGCUUCCCACGGCGCAGUAGCCGCGCUGAAAACCAAGUUCCCUGGCCUCAGGGAUGACUUGACGUACGAAAAGGGGUAUCCCAUCCAAAAACACUACAAGAAAUACAAAAAGGCACAAAGCAUCUCAGAGGCAGCCAUCGCCGCCUACAUUUCCGAAGCAGCGGCCAAGCUUCAGCCGUAG